AUGGCUACCCCUAGUGUCCUAGCUUUUGACGCUGAGGGUCGAGCCAUUGACUUUGAGGUCUGGGUAGACGACCUGCAGUUGUUUUUACAGUGCGAUAGGGCAGAUGGCCUCUCUCUCUUUGACCUUACCUCUGGCGCCUCUCCUGCUCCUGCUGCCGAUGCUGAUCCCACUGUGCGCUCUCAGUGGGCCACCCGCGAUGCUGCUGCACGUCUUGCUGUGCGUCGCCACCUCCCUACCUCUGAGCGCGCGCACUUUAGUCAGUACAAGAGUGCUCAGACCUUGUACGACGCUGUAGUUGCGCGCUACUCCUCCCCUGCCACUGCUGCACUGAGCCGUCUCAUGCUUCCCUACCUCUUUCCUGACCUCUCUGCCUUUCCCACUGUCGCUGACCUCAUUACACACCUUCGCACUAGUGACACUCGCUACCGCACCGCCCUUCCUGCUGAAUUCUGCGCUAAGAACCCCCCCCCCCCCAUGUACAUCGCUCUCUACUACGUAGUUGCGCGCCUCCCUGACUCCCUUCGUGUCGUCAGGGACCACUUUCUCGCAGUCUGUCCCACCACCCUCACCGUCGACCUCCUCGAGAAGGCCCUCCUCGCAGCGGAGAAGAGCAUAGUCGCUGUAGGUGCUUCUCGUGGUGACCCUCGCACCCCCAUCUUUGAGGGGUGCUCUCCUUCCCCCUUGCUGCCCUCUGUUGCCUCUGCUGCUGCUGCCGACCUGCUUGGUCUUGAGUCGGUCGGCGCGGCGUCUGCCCCUAGUGGGAGACGUCGCUCCAGCAAGGGCAAGGGGGGCAAGGGGGGCAAGGGCGCGGGUGGAGCUGGAGGGGGCGGUGGCGGUGGCGGCGGUGGCGGCGGAGGGAGUGGGGGUGGCGGCGAGACUAGUGGCGGGGGUGGUGGUGGUGGUGGCAGCAGCGGCGGAGACGGUGGUGGUGGUGCCAGCGGUGGUGGUGGAGGCAGCGGCGGAGGUGGAGGCGGCGGAGGUGGAGGCGGUGGAGGCAGCAGCGGAGGUGGCGGUGGUGGUGGAGGAGGUGGAGCUGGUCGGGGUGGUACCCAACAGCGUAGCGGUGGUGGUGGUGGCCAGCGCUCGCAGCGGCAGCAGCAGCAGCGCUCGCGGGACAUCCCUCCGCCUCAGCAGCUUCGUGAGUGGUACGCUGGGCGUCAGAGGGGUGGGGGUACUGGUCCCUGCACCUACGUUCUUCGUUCCGGCGACCGCGCGGCGAUCUUUGAUCUUGAUUUUGAUGCUAUCCUUGCUGCUAUGUAUGCUGUGACUUAUAGUGAGGAGAAUGAGGGUUACCGGUCUUUCCAGCCCGACCCGGGCAUUGGUACUGCUGCACUAGGUGCUUGUGAGGCUGCUGCUCUAGGUGCCAGUGCGUCUGCGCUCUCAGGUACUGGUGAGACUGCGCUCUCAGGUACUGCGUCGUCCUCGUCCUCCCUCACUUUCACACUUGACUCCGGGGCUUCUCGCUCCUUCUUUCGAGACCGCACUACCCUUACGCCACUCGGCCGGCCGGUUGCAGUCUCCCUUGCUGACCCCUCUGGGGGUCCUGUCCUGUCUCACUUCUCCACUGUCCUCCCGUGUCCGGCUGCCCCUUCGGGCACCCUGUCUGGUCUGUACCUUCCCUCGUUCUCUACGAACUUGGUGAGUGGCGCGGACCUGCAGGAUGUGGAGGUUCACCAGUUCACUCCUGCGAGUCAGCGGGUGACCCACUGCACGGAGGCACGCACAGGCGGACACCUGGCCACGUUCUCGCGUCGGCCGGGGUCGAGUCUCUACACCCUGACCGUUGAGUCUCCUCCUGUCCCUGCGUCUGGUCAGGUGGCUGCGUCAGGUCAGGUGCUUGCUGCUGCGUCCCGGUCAUGUCCUGAGUCUGCCCCCUGUUCUUGUCGCCUCCUGUCUCACGAGACUCUCCUGUGGCACCACCGUCUUGGCCACCCCUCCUUGCCCCGUCUUCGGAGCAUGGCUUCCCGUGUCCUUGUCUCUGGUCUUCCCCAGUCUCUCCCUCCUCUCCCCUCCGGGCCAGGACCUUCCUGUGUCCCCUGUGUCGAGGGUCGCCUCCGGGCUACUCCUCACUCCUCCCACUUCCCCCCGACAGAGGCUCCCCUGCAGACGCUUCACAUGGAUGUGUGGGGCCCAGCCCCCGUCCGUGGGCAGGGUCACGAGCGCUACUUCCUGUUGGUGGUUGACGACUACUCGCGUUACACCACAGUCCUCCCCUUGCGCAGCAAGGGUGCGGUCACUGAGGUGCUGAUCGACUGGAUCCGCGAGGCUCGUCUCCAGCUCAGGAAGAGCUUCGGCUCGGACUUUCCUGUUCUGCGUCUGCACUCGGACAGAGGCGGAGAGUUCUCUUCUCGCCUUCUGCGAGACUACUGUCGUGCACGGGAGAUCCGCCAGACCUUCACGCUUCCGGACUCACCACAGCAAAAUGGGAUUGCUGAGCGCCGCAUUGGCAUGGUCAUGGAUGUCGCUCGUACGUCCAUGAUGCAUGCGGCUGCCCCCCAUUUUCUGUGGCCGUUUGCGGUGAGGUACGCGGCGCAUCAGCUCAACCUUCACCCCCGGGUCUCUCGGCCUGCGAUGUCCCCAGCCUUGCUGUGGACGGGGAAGGUUGGCGAUGCGUCUGUGUUCCGUGUCUGGGGAUCUCGGGCGUUUGUCCGCGACUUGUCUGCGGACAAGCUGUCCCCUCGUGCUGCUCCCUGUGUCUUCCUUGGCUUCCCCACUGACGCCCCAGGGUGGCAGUUUUACCACCCCUCCUCUCGUCGUGUUCUGUCCUCCCAGGACGUCACGUUCGACGAGUCAGUCCCCUUCUACCGUCUCUUCCCCUACCGCACUCCUUCCCUCCCCCCUCCCCCGGACUUCCUUGUGCCGGUUCCCCCCCCGGUAGACCCCCUCCCCUCUCAGGUUCCUGCCCCCUCAGGUGUGUCCCAGGUAGACGCCGUUGACCCGGUCGAGGUUAAUGGUGACUCUGGUGCUGCUGCGGGUGCUGAGCCUGGGGGUGCUGACUCUGGGGGUGCUGUGCGCGGGGGUGCUGAGCCUUGGGGUGCUACUGCUGGGGGUGCUGGGCCUGAGGGUGCUACUGCGGAGGGUGCGGAGCCUGGGGGUGCUGAGCCGGGGGGUGCUGUGCCUGGAGGUGCUGGGUCUGCGGUUGCUGAGUCGGGAGCUGCUGAGCCUGGGGGUGCUGAGCUGGGAGCUGCUGAGCCUGGGGGUGCUGCGUCUGGAGCUCCUAAGCCUGAUAUUUCUCCUGCUGCUGCGUCUCGCCGGGAGCCCCUCUCUCCACAGGAGCUGCGCGAGUGGUUCGCUCGCCGCUGGAGGCGUGCUGCUGAGUCUGGAGGUGCUGCUGGAGCUGGAGCUGGAGCUUCUUCGACCGUCGAGGGUGCGGGUGCUGCCGGUCCCGGAGCUGCUGGACCUGCGGGUCCUCCUGGAGCUGGAACUGCUGAGGGCGUUGGUGCUGAGCCUACUGCUGUUGGUCCUGCCGCUGGAGGUGUGGGUGGCGCUGGUGCUGUCGCUGAGGGUGCUGGUGCUGUCCCUGCUGAGUCUGGAGCUGCCGCGCGGCCUCGGCCGUACUUCGUUCCGCUCCUGCAGCAGGUUCUUGGUCUUUCUCCUCCAGUAGAGGGUCCACCGCCUGUCCAGUCGCAGUCCCUGCUGGAGCCUUCCUCUCCACUGCCUGCUCCCUCUCCUUACACUGGUCCUACUGGAAGUGCUCCUCUGCGUGCCCCUUUGCCUUCUCCUCCCGAGUCCUCUCUUCCUGCGCUUGCCGACCCUGAGUCGGACUCUCUUCGUGCUGCCAGUCCUACUGUCACGCGUCUGCUUGCUACUGUCGUCACUGACCCCUCUUUUGAGUCCACUGCUGCGUCUGCUCUAGUCGCUGAGCUCGUCGACUUUGCUGCUCGCUGUCGUCUCGACUACGCUGCUAGUCUUGUUGCUGAGUCUGCGUCUGUCUGUCCUCCGUCCGUCGGGGGUGAGUGUGCUCUUGGCACGGACGUCCUAGAGGACAGGCAGGAGGAGUUACAGUGUCUAGCGGCUGCUUCACCUCAUCUCGCGUCUGUACUGCUUGCCCCUGAGGGAGACCCGGAUGCACUAGACAUCCCGACUCCGCGUUCUUACGCGGAGGCCGUAGAGGGUCCCUACUCCUCUCAGUGGCAGGCAGCUAUGGAUGCAGAGAUGGCUUCCUGGAAGUCCACAGGCACCUACGUUGACGCGGUUCCCCCUCCUGGGGCGAACAUCGUCAGUGGCAUGUGGAUCUUCAGGGUGAAGCGGCCGCCGGGCUCUCCACCUGUCUUCAAGGCACGGUACGUUGCUCGUGGCUUCAGUCAGCGGCAGGGAGUUGACUACUUUCAGACCUUCUCUCCCACCCCGAAGAUGACUACUCUUCGGGUGCUGCUGCACAUAGCCGCUCAGCGCGACUACGAGCUUCACUCUCUCGACUUCAGCACUGCGUUCUUGCAGGGUAGCCUGCACGAGGAGAUCUGGCUUCGCCGUCCACCUGGCUUCACUGGGACUUUCCCUCCUGGCACCCAGUGGAGCCUCCGACGGCCAGUCUACGGUCUCCGCCAGGCACCGCGUGAGUGGCACGACACACUGAGGACUACGCUUGCGGCUCUUGGGUUUGCUCCUUCUACUGCUGACCCGUCGCUGUUUCUUCGCACCGACACUUCCCUGCCGCCGUUUUACAUCCUCGUGUACGUCGACGACUUGGUCUUUGCCACAGCGGACACUGCUGGACUCGCCUACGUGAAGUCCGAGCUGCUGAAGAGACACACGUGCACAGACCUGGGUGAACUGCGCAGCUACCUUGGCUUGCAGAUCACUCGGGACAGAGCACGCCGCACCAUUACUUUGACUCAGUCACACAUGGUGCAGCAGGUCCUUCAGCGCUUCGGCUUCACGUACUCCUCGCCUCAGGCCACUCCUCUGCCUACUCGCCACUCACUCUCAGCUCUGCCUUCGGAUGAGUCCGUAGAGUCGAGUGGUCCGUAUGCAGAGCUUGUUGGCUGCCUCAUGUACCUGAUGACCUGCACACGACCUGACCUUGCAUACCCUCUGAGCAUUCUUGCACGCUAUGUUGCUCCUGGGAGACACAGACCAGAGCACAUGGCUGCAGCAAAGAGGGUAUUGCGCUACCUGUGCAGUACGUCGGGCAUGGGGCUAGUGCUUGGAGGGCGGAGUCCAGUGGUCCUUACCGGCCACGCGGACGGUUCUUGGGCUGACGACCAGGCUACGCAGCGGUCGUCACAGGGUUACACCUUCAGCCUUGGUUCCGGCUCUGUCUCGUGGCGGUCUACUCGCUCGUCUUCGGUUCUCGGCUCCAGUUGUGAGGCUGAGAUCUACGCCGGGGCCAUGGCUGCACAGGAGCUUCGCUGGCUCACCUACCUGCUGACAGACCUUGGAGAGCCGCCUCGCUCUCCUCCAGUGCUGUACGUAGACAACAAGGCCAUGCUGGCCUUGUGUCGAGAGCAGCGCUUGGAGCACAGAACGAAGCACAUUGCUCUCCGCUACUUCCUUGCUCGUGAGCUGCAGCAGCGUGGUCAGUUGCGACUUGCGUACGUGGCCUCUGAGACCAACACUGCUGAUGUGUUCACCAAGGCACUCGCGCCUUGUGACCAUCAACGCUUUUGCACCCAGCUGGGUCUUGUGCCUGUCUUGCCUCACUUGCUCUCCUCUUGA